AUGUCCUCCCGCGGCGUCCCAGAAGUCCUCUUCAAAAAAGUAGACGAAUACGUCGACUCCCUCGCUCCCCAGAUCCAACCCCGCAUCACCUCCGAGCUCGAGACCUUUCAGCAAAAGACCAUCGACAGCCUCGAAGAUAAAGUUGUCGACGCUUUCCGAUCGCUCUUCAACAAAGAUAAAGAUUCUUCGUCACGAAGUCCUUUCGAUCUUAAGGAUGAUGCGCCUGAUGCCUACGGUGGACAGAGUCUCCCGUUUGCAGACGAGUUGGCCAAGUUGACGAGGAGCUUUACGAAAAUUACUGAUGAGGCGGGGGAUGAUUUACGGGAUAUUUUCGAUAUUACGGAGGGGAGAGGAGGGGGGCAGGAUACGAGAUCGAGAGGGGGGGAGACGGCGAGGGGUGGCGGUGGUGCGAAGGGGUUCUUGUCUGCUGCUUUUGACGCGGUGCAGGAUCAUCUUGAGAACAAUAAUGGCAGGGGAGGAGGCCAAGGUUUCGAACUCGAUGGUCUGCUUGGUGUGAUAAGCAACACUGUUAAAGACGCCGCACGAAACCCCGAGGAAAAGGCACGCAUGAUCAGCCCCGAGAUCAAAGAACAAGUCGGCGCCAAACUCCGCGAACAACAUGCCCCGAUCGCAGAGCAGUUCACGCGCAUUGCCCUCGACCACAUCAAGCGCUGGCUACGAGGAAACACGAGCACCAAGGAUCUAGGCGAUGGUGUCAAAGGCGAGAUUGAAGAUCAGGUCAAGGAUCUCGUCAAGGGACUUGGAGGUUUGUUUGGGAACAAGAAGUCCAAUGAAGGUUCGGCGAGAGGGUUUGGCGAUGGAGAUCGUGAUGGUGAACGCGCUGAUGGCGAGAGCGGCGGUUUCUCAAAAGUCAUAAGUGACAAGCUCAGCACAGGCAUCGCAAGAGUCCACAGAGAAGUCCGUCUCGAAUUCCGCAAGAUUCUCGGCGGUAUUGAAAAGCAGCUUUUCGAAUUACUACCCGAUCAAUUCCAACGUCCUCUUGAGAAGAUCCUCGGUGGAAAUCCAUUCGAUACACAACUCGACCGCGACGCUGGGCCUGGCCAAGCAGAUAGAGGAUUUGGAGACGAUAUCAAGGCGAAGCUGGUGAACAAGAUCAGAGGGCUGGUGAGGAAGGUCCAGGAGACGCUGAGGGAGAGCAUUCUGGGGGUUGUUAAUGGUGGGCAUAGGAAGUUUGAGAGGCAGAGCUGGGUGUUUGUGCAGAAUAUGGUGGAGAUGAAGGUGCAGAAGUAUCUGCCCAAGGUCAAGAUCUCGGUGCCGGAUGAUAUUGGGAAUGAGGGUGUUAGUGUUGGGGCGCCGGCGCAAGCGAAUCUUGGUGGUUCGAAUGCGACUGUGCCGGCCUCACAGGGAGGUCAGGGAGGUUACGAACGGCCGUCGGAGCAGCAUGGAGGGGGUUAUCAGCAGCCGUAUAAUCCCCCUUCGCAGUUUGGGGAUAAUCACCAGCCGAGCCAGGACUACAGACCUCAGCAGAGUCACGAUUAUAGACCUCCUCAGGGACAGGACUACAGGCCUUCUCAAGGGCAAGACUAUAGACCUCAAGGUCACGAUGAGUAUCGACCUCAAGGGCAACAAGGCGAUUACCGACCACAACAUCAGUCCCAACAGGAUUACAGACCUCAGCAACAUGAUAACUACCGACCCCAGGACGAGUAUAGACCUCAGCAACAGCAAUCGCAUCAAGAGUAUCGCCCCGACCAAUACCCUCCGCCGCCACAGCAUCACUCAAGCCACUCUGGAGGAUACCAGCAGAACGAGGGCUAUCAGAACCAGGGUUACCAGCAAGAUCAAGGCUACCAACAGAACCAAGGUUACGGACAAGGCCAGGGCUACGGAAGCAACCCUCGCUACUAA